UCCCUUGUGGCCUUUCCUGGUAGCUGCAGCCCUCUGCGGUGGCCAAAUAAAUACGGGGGUUUGCCAAAGACUGCAACAUGCCUAACCCGAAUUCCGUAAUAAUAGCUCUGUAUGUCUUGCUUAUGUGUAGCUGUCUUCUUAAUCGGUCAUACGCCUCGGCAUCGGGCCCCAGCGCAGUCGUCACGCAAGAAAAUCAGGACAGGGUCUCAAGCGACCUCGCCCUAUACAUAAACCUUCUUUCUGAACUGCUGCACUCUACCGCCAAGCACGGAAUUGGCUUAUGGGCGCAAGUCCGGCCUGUGCUACAGCCCGCUGGCAUAAGCGUUGCUUUGGGCUACGUCUGCGGAGUGUUUAUCAAGAAAACCGUCCGGAUUUUGAUGCUCCUGUCAGCCGUUCUUCUCACAGGCGUUCAGCUGCUGUCGUACGUGCAGUGGGUGACAGUGCACUGGGACCGCAUCCAUGCAGACCUCUGGAAGCUGCUCGCGGGAAACAGCAGCCAGGAGCAGGGCGACGGCGUGGAUUCCUCCAGGCUGCUGCUCGUGGCGCUAGAGCGGCUGACUGACCUCUCAGCGCAGGGCCUGCCCGCUACGGCGGGCUUCACUGCCGGCGUGGCGCUGGCCUUCAUGCCGAGCAUCUAGUAGUAGCGGUAGAUAUAUCGGCAUGUAGUAGCGGUAGUGGCGGUAGGUAUAUCGGCAUCUAGUGGAGGCAUUUAGGCAUGGCGGCUUGGUGUGGUUUCGUGACGCUGUGGUGCAGUUUAUGAGGGCGAGCGUUGGCAUCAGCGGCUGCCAUACAACUGUGGGGUUGAAGAGUCUAAGGAAGGCCGGUUCAACAUGCUGGUGUGUGUCGGAGGUGAUUCGUACACAGGAAUGUGGCGGCGCAUGGCGCUAGGCGGGUUCUUCGCUUGGGAGACCCAUCCACGUGCUGGCUCCCGCAUGUGGACUGCAUUCGCAGUUUCAAUCGGUUAAUGAGGAAUAUGCGGUUGAGGAUCUGUCGAAAUGUUUUUUGGCAGUAACGCAUUUCGGCGUGCACUUCGACGAUGCGUUUCACCGUGUGCAUGGGACACCGUCGCCUGGGACGCCGUUGCGUGCAUGCGUGGUAUAGUACGUUCCAUUGUGCGAUCAUGCAAAUUAAGCGGAUCGAGUGGCAUAGGUUGUACAGGUUGCGUGCGCAUUGUGCGCAGCGGAGUGGCGUGCUGCAGCGGUUUAGGCCGCAGGUGACGCCUUGUAUAGUGUGGGGCUUCGCAUGAGGGUGGUAUGCGCCUGCAAAGGCCAUUUAUAAAGGGAAUGCGAAGGUUACAAGGGGGACAGAGAGCUGUCCAUACAG